AUGAGUAGUAAUGGUAGUAGUAUAUCGAUUACCGAAAGAGUACAACAGAUCAUGAAUAAUAUAGAGUCAAAUCAGACUUCUUCAAAUAAGAGAAAGAGAUUAAGAAAGAAGUUGUUAUACCUUCAGAAAAAGCACACUAUUGUUACUACUAGUAGUAGCAAUAAAGAUGAACAAGCUAAUAGUGAUAUAUUAAGUAGUUCACCAGUCGCAAAACAUAUUUUAAAUACACACAAGACAUUAUCAUCAUUAGAAAUAGUACAUCAACAACAAAAAGAAUAUGCCAAAAAUAAGAAUUUAACAGUUACUUUUAGCAAUUAUAUUAAAGAUAAUAACAAUAACAAUAAUGAUAGUCAAGAUAACAAUAAUCAUAAUUCAGAUAAUAAUAAAGAUGAGGAAACUAUUUUAAUGGAGAGUAUGAAGAAUUUGGAACAGGACAUUGGGAAAUACUAUGGUCAGAGAUUUCGUUUAUUUUCAAAGUUUGACGAUGGUAUACUUUUAGAUAAAGAAUCAUGGUUCUCCGUUACACCUGAAAAGAUUGCAGAACAUAUUGCACAGAGAUGUAAAUGUUCAUUUAUAUUGGAUGCAUUUUGUGGUGCCGGUGGUAAUACGAUUCAGUUUGCAAAGCAAUGUGAUCAUGUUUUGUCGGUGGAUAUCGACAAGAAGAAACUGAUGAUGGCGUCACACAAUGCAAAGAUCUAUCAGUGUUUGGACCGUAUCGAUCUAGUCCAUUCGGAUUUCAUGUAUUUCGCCAACUCGAUUCAGGGCAUCCAGCAUGUGGAUGCCGUCUUUCUCAGUCCGCCUUGGGGUGGACCUUCGUAUCUUAGCAAACCAACGGUGAGUCUCGACGAUAUGACACCGAAUGGCUUUGAAAUAUUCCGUCUGGCAAUGAGAAUCUCACCGAAUAUCGCAUACUUUCUGCCUAGAAACAUCGAUCAUUUCGACUUGGCAAAACUGACAAAGAUCUCAAAGGAGAUGGGUGGAUCUGAAGAAUGUGAAGUCGAGGAGAACUACUUGAACAAUGUACUCAAAACUAUUACUGUUUAUUUUGGUGAUCUAAUUAAAAAGAAAUGA